AUGCAUCUUGUACACCAUCUAUUUACCGCAGAUAUUGAUAAGGAAUCCCCCAAACAGUUAGCCUCCCUCAAGCGAGUGAAAUAUCCACGCCCGGACGAGUCGUCACUGAAGCUUGUUGAAAAGGGGAGCGAUGAGGUCGCCACCAUGACUCUAUCACAAGCUUUGCAACGCCUCAAACCUCGCUCUUACCUGGCAAAAGCAGGACCAGGAGCAUACCGUAUCGAAACAUUUCCCGAUCCUGGACCACAAAAGGUCUUGAAAGUUACAAAACCAUCAUACAAACCAUACACCAGAGCUGGUCGGGGCAAGGAAACCCAUGUCAGCACUUCCUGUACUCCGCAACUUCUUCGCCAUCAUUUGAGGACGUCUUACGAAUACCUUCUGCAAGGGGCUCGUAUGGAGUAUCACCUUCAUCAGAACGUCAAGGAGAAAACCCGCACGGUCGCCUGGGCCCUUGCACACUGCAUGGAACUCAGGCCGGAGUCAAUCUUAGCGGCAAUGCCCGAGGGGACAACAAUGUUGGGGGAGCCUGUUGUCACCGAUUUGUCUUUCAAAACGAGGCCCUCCAAAAAUCCCGAACGCGCUAAGUCUCAGAUGAUGUGGAUAAUGGAGAAUACGCAAGUCCGUGGAGUGGAAGGUACGCCGCAACGAGUCACGGCAAUUCUCGCGAAAUUGCCAUUUCAAAAGCAAUUGGAGGAUGAGACAUCCCCCGUGGUUACGCCUGAGGAUGUCUGA